AUGUAUAAAGAGUUUACGAACUCUACCUUUCGUGGCCGCGGACGCGGAAGUCGGCUCCAACCCCAACGGUUUGGAGAGCCGAGUACGUCUCAUUAUGACGAAUGGGAGGAAUGGGAGUAUACUCCACGCUUAAAGCCUACUAAGUUCAGGCCAAAGCAGAAGACGAGUAUUGGACCACCUCGACAAGGUAGGGAAGGAUCAACGUCUGACCCACCGAAACCACAACAUCUUUCCACGACAUCUACAGGUCCUAAGAACGAUCCUCUAUAUAAAGAAUCUAUAUCUGGCCGAGAACCUCAUCUAGUAACUGUGCAAGUGCAUCUGUACCCAGGGUUACACGCAAUAGACGAAUUAGUCAACCAGGUCCAUAGCAGCGUUUCUGCUAUAGACUACGCCUUUAGUUUGAGAGUCCCUGUCUCCGCUUUGGCAUACUACGUUGCUGCGACGGUAUACGCAAGAGUCCUGAAGGCAUUGGACAUGUGUAGGAGGCCCGAAGAAGACAAGUUUAUGUGGAUGAUUUACGAUGGAAAGUACGAUGUACCAGCUAUUAUCGGUUACUAUAUGGAUGGCAUCGGAAACACAGAGUUGAAUGGACGUAACCUAUGGAUCAGAGCUAAACCUCGAACAUAUGUACGCUCUGCUGAUGACAGGAUUGGAUGGUUCGGAAAAAUCACUAACGAAACGCACUAUUUGUACGCGUCAUAUCCGUGUCUUGCCGUUUAUUUACAACGGAUACAGUCAGACAUAAAGCACUCGAACCAUGCUAACGUUAACCCUAUUUGGAAGCUUCCCGAUAACAUUGCAUCCGAAGAUGCAGAGUGGUUGUACAGAGCCGGGUUCAAUGAAGAUGGCGACUUUGACUCAAGCCAUCCAGUUAUACCAUGUGUGUCUGAGCUAUUGGCAGCUGUCCAAGCAGAACUUACUUACACAACGAUUAAAUUAACCUCAAUGAACAGCGAGAAUCGAGGCUCAUUAGCCCAAACAGUCACUACCAGAGUUAUAUCAGGUGAACGAGAAACACACUGUACGACAGUACUACCAGUGCUAUAAUCAAACUCGAAGAAUUUAUAACCUUUCCUUUUAAUCCAAUUGUGGAAGUGAGGAAAUUGUAUGAUGUUCUCAAUCGAAGAGAGUGAUUGUUAAUUGCUCGUAUAUGACUAUUUGUAAACAUAAAUGUAAAUAUAUAAUAAAAAACAGUUA